GUCCCGCAGCCGGCUCAUCCCCGCCGCGGCCCCGGCGAUCCCCGCAAUCAGCCCGCCCGGUGCGCAGCUCGCCAUGGCGGCCACUGACCUGGAACGCGUCUCGAAUGCAGAGCCUGAGCCCCGGAGCCUGUCCCUGGGUGGCCAUGUGGGGUUCGACAGCCUCCCUGACCAGCUGGUCAGCAAGUCAGUCACUCAGGGCUUCAGCUUCAACAUUCUCUGUGUGGGGGAAACUGGGAUUGGCAAGUCUACGCUAAUGAACACGCUCUUCAACACGACCUUUGAGACUGAAGAAGCUAGUCACCACGAGGAGUGUGUGCGCCUGCGGCCUCAGACCUACGACCUCCAAGAGAGUAAUGUUCAUCUCAAACUGACCAUCGUGGAUGCUGUGGGCUUUGGGGAUCAGAUCAAUAAGGAUGACAGUUACAGGCCCAUAGUUGAUUACAUCGACGCGCAGUUUGAAAACUAUCUACAGGAGGAGUUGAAGAUCCGCCGAUCCCUCUUUGACUACCACGACACGAGGAUCCACGUUUGCCUCUACUUUAUCACGCCCACUGGGCACUCCCUGAAGUCCCUGGAUCUGGUGACCAUGAAGAAACUAGAUAGCAAGGUGAACAUCAUUCCCAUCAUUGCCAAGGCUGACACCAUCUCCAAGAGCGAGCUCCACAAGUUCAAGAUCAAGAUCAUGGGUGAGCUGGUCAGCAAUGGAGUCCAGAUCUACCAGUUUCCCACCGAUGACGAGGCUGUUGCCGAGAUUAAUGCAGUCAUGAACGCACACCUGCCUUUUGCCGUGGUGGGCAGCACAGAGGAGGUGAAGGUGGGGAACAAGCUGGUUCGAGCACGGCAGUACCCCUGGGGUGUGGUGCAGGUGGAGAAUGAGAAUCACUGUGACUUCGUGAAGCUGCGGGAGAUGCUGAUCCGGGUGAACAUGGAGGACCUGCGCGAGCAGACCCACAGUCGGCACUACGAGCUCUAUCGGCGCUGCAAGUUGGAGGAGAUGGGCUUCCAGGACAGUGAUGGCGACAGCCAGCCCUUCAGCCUCCAAGAGACCUAUGAGGCAAAGAGGAAGGAGUUCCUGAGCGAGCUGCAGAGGAAGGAGGAAGAGAUGAGACAGAUGUUUGUCAACAAAGUGAAGGAGACAGAGCUUGAGCUGAAGGAGAAGGAACGGGAGGUGUGUGCCAGCCAGGAGCAGGGCUGGGGGGGGAGUGUCGGAGGAUCAGAUAUAGGAGCACAGCAGUCUGGCAUGAGUCUCUCCAACUCUAAGGUGAUGAUGACCAAAGCAAAUGUGGAACCCUUGAACUGCAGCAGCUGGUGGCCUGCCAUCCAGUGCUGCAGCUGCCUGGUCAGGGACGCGACGUGGAGGGAAGGAUUCCUCUGAGGCCACAGUUCCGCCACACGGGGCCAGCUCCGGACCAUCAGGGCGUGGAACUGGAGACCAUGGUUUUUAAUGUUAGGACAGAGGCCCCUCUCCACCUAGUUUUCACAUAUCAACAACCAAAAGUGCAAACAGUUUCCGAUUCCCAUCAGGGAGCAUCCAGUGUGGCCCAACCCUUUUCAUUCCCAGAUAUGUCUGAUUUGUGACAUGGUACUCUAAAGCGUAUAGAUGGCCAUGUUUGGAAUCUGAGAAAUGCGAAUCUACUAUUAAAGGGAUCAGGGAAGUUACCUGUGACCGCUUGACCUGAGAAGAAACCAGGAGCUUUGUCAACAGCACCAGUUUUCCAAAAUGAAACUACCCGUAGUGAUUUAACCUUCAUGCUUCAUAACAGACCAAAACACCAUGACAUUUCCUCAUUUGCAUAAUUUUGCCUUACUAACAAGCACAUCCUGAAAGACGCCCCCCACCCCCCAACUAAAACCAACACGAACCGAUACCUGAUAUUUUUUAAGUGCCAGAUCAGGGCGGUCUACCGCCUCAGUAAGGAUUGUGUGUAGAUGAAUCAUGACAGCUAAGUGAAUGUGUGUAAACUGUAGUAAAGGCAGACAGAUAUUUAUAUACAAUAUUCAUAGAAUGGAAAGCUAAAUAUUUUUGCAGUGUGUACCUAAGAGAGAAACUGACCAUAAUAGUGCCGUUCAAAUGUCUUUGUC